AUGGGCCUGAAGAUGUUCCCGGACCCGAAGGUGUUGCUGGUGCUCGCUGCCCUCCUGCUCCACGCUGCCCUGGGCUUCCCCAUUCAGGAGGACUACGGAAACAGCACAGCAACAACAGAACCUACUGAGGUGACGACACCAGAGGACAUAUUCGACUCUCCAUCACCUACAGAGACUGACUCCGAGGACGAAGUUAUUUUUAACAGAAUUCUGGAAGCUAACAAAGGCAGCUCUCAGUACCUGCAGGAAGGUGACAUUGUCCCCCAGAGGCGUCGCAGUGCCAUCAACUGCCGCCACUGCAACUGGCCCCCCUCCGGCGACGGGAUCGUCCGCGUCCCCUACGUCCUGGAUCCUGCCUACGAGGAGAGCCAUGUGAAGGGGAUUCUUGAUGCCAUGGGAGAAUUUGAAGCACUGACUUGCAUUAAUUUUGUGAAGCGCAAGAAUGAACGUGACUACCUCAACAUUAAAUCUGCUGACGGCUGCUGGUCCAACUAUGGGAAAGUAGGAGGUGGACAGACUGUCUCUGUGAUGAAAGGAGGCUGCAUGUGGAAAGGAAUAAUUCAACAUGAACUGGACCAUGCUCUGGGCUUCCUGCAUGAACAUUCUCGAAGUGACAGGGAUAAAUAUGUAAGGAUCAUGUGGGAGUACAUCAGUCCAGCUGACAGACCAGACUUCAAAAAAUUUGAAAACUCCAGAAACCUGGGUCUUCCAUACGACUACUCCUCAGUGAUGCACUAUGGCCCAUACACAUUCUCUAACACCACAGGGAAACCAACUAUUGUACCAAUCCCUGAUGAAUCCAUACACAUUGGCCAGAGGCAGGGACUGAGCAACUUGGACGUGGCCAAAAUCAACAAACUUUACAACUGCAGUCGCUGCAGCACUAUUCUGGACGCGGCGUCUGGGUCCCUGAGAUCUGCCAACCACCCCAGAAAUUACUCAGAUAACACCAACUGUGUCUGGCUCAUCCGAACCCGAUCCAGAAAGGUUUCCCUGCACUUUCAAGCCUUUGAGCUGCAGAAAACCAGAGGCUGUCAGGGUGAUUAUAUUAAAGUUUAUGAUGGAUCUAGCAAGUCUUCUGCACUUCUAAUGGACAAGACCUGUGGAUCAAAGAUACCCAGUGACAUAGUUGCUUCUGGUAAUCAUAUCCUCGUAGAGUUUGUCACAGAUGGUGCUGAUACAGCUUCUGGUUUCAAAGCCACCUUUACUUCUG